AUGCAGCGUCGGGCCCGAUCGGCAAUGGAGGGCUUUCCUGACAACAUCAAAGACAUUGUGGAUGCGGGCCGCACUGGGCUGCAGGUUGCAAGGACACAGCGCUCCGCGCCCAACGACUUCCGGCCCAAUCGCAUGAUCAAGGGCAGCACCAGGACAUCCCGAGUGCUGCAGAGGACCUGUGCGUUCAACACCACGCAGCAUCGUGACAAGGUGAUGCAGGGCAGGCAGAUGAGCGCCUUAGACCAGCAGAAGCACGAAUGGACCCGCCGAGUGGCGGCCGAGCGCAUCCAGAGGACCUGGCGUGCCUGGUACAAGUACUGCCAAGAGAACUCAGAGUGGCUGAUGACCACUUGGAUCGCUGCCACCAUGAUCCAGGCGAGGUGGCGCGCCUACCACAUGAAGCGCGUGAAGCUCGACAAAGCUGCCACCAACAUCCAGAGGCUGGCGCGGGCCUUCCUGGUGCGGAAAGUGCUGCGCCAGCGCCGGGCCGCGGUGGUGAUUCAGCGCCGAGCCAGGGGCAUGAUUGCCCGCAAGCGCGUGCGAGGGAUGCACGAAGCAGGAGUGAAGUUGCAGUCGCUGGUCCGCGGCGGCCUGGCUCGGCGCCGCGUGGCCAUCCGCCGGGUGGCGUUCCACCGCCUGGCUUUGACCAUCCAGUGUGCCAUACGGACCCACCUGGCGUGCAGACGCACGCAGGCUCUGCGCGACGCAAAGGCCGACCAGAAGGCCCGCGAGGAGUCCGCGGUCCACAUCCAGCGCCUCUACCGCGGCACGCAAGGUCGGGAGGUCGCGCAACAGAAGCUGGACCUGUACAACCGCCAGCUGGAGCAGUACAGGGCUGCCACCAAGCUGCAGUCUAUGGCACGGCGCGAUGCGGCCAUCAAGAAAGUAGACAAAGUCCGAGCUGACAAGUUCGACAAGAUGAACCAGGCUGCCACCUUCAUCCGGAAGAUGUGGCUCGGUGCUAGGACACGCAGGAGGUACCGCGAGCUGCUGGAGGAAUUCGGAAGGCACGUGCACAACGUGGUCACCAUCCAGCGCUACGGCCGCGGCUUCCUCGUCCGCCUUCGGAUGUGGCGCCAGGCCGUCCGCGCGGAAGAGGAGCUCUGGGGCGCGCUGGAGAUCCAACGCGUGUGGCGCGGGUACUUGGGCCGCGUGAAGUGGGAGACGAAGUACGAGCAGGUGUGGCAGCGCGAGAUGGGCGCAGUGAUGAUCCAGCGGAACCUCCGGGGCUGGUUGGCGCGGACCAAGGUGGGCCGGCUCCGGCGCAAGAUGGCGCGGGCGGAGUUUGAGCGCGCCCGCGCCCGCUUCCGCGCGGCCCAGCGGAUCCAGGCCUUGAUCCGUGCGGCGCUGGUCCGCAAGAAGUUCAUCCGGCGCUACACCCGCGCCAGGCAUGCGGCGGUAAGGAUUCAGAAGGUCGCCCGCGGCCAUGCCUUGCGGAAGCGCGUGUGGCAGCAGGUGAAGGAACAGAAGGCGACGGUCAUAGAGGCGAGCAGCGUUUUCGCACGGCUGACGCAUGGCGCACGCUGGCUGGUGCGCCGAAGGAAGCUGCACCUGCGGACGCCUCGGAAGGAGUUAUUGCGCCGGGCAGGAUCCGAAGUGACGCUGUGGGGCUUCCAUCCGAUGAAUGUUAUUCCCUUCAAAGGCUGGUACACCACAGACCUUCCGGGCCCGGUGACGACGGUGACCCAGUGGACCCAGUGA